CAAAAAAAACACAGCUGGUUGUGGGUCCAUUAACCACCGCCGACCACCGUCUUCCGCCUCACUUUCUCAUUUUCCCGACCACCCUCUUUCUCUCUCAUAUAUGAUAUAUCUAUCUAUAUCUAUAUGUAUAUAUAUGUAUAUGUACAUGUAUGUAAUGUAUCUAGACGUUUAAUUAUUUUUCUUUUGAAGAAAUUAAAUAAAAAGUUGGGAUUUUUAUAAGAAAUGAAGCAAUAGAAACUACAAUUAAAUCCAUUCCACCCUUUUAUUCUUCAUUCUUCCCUAAUAAAUAAAUAAAUUUUAACCUUAAAAAAAGCAUUUUGCUUUUACUUAUAUUUAUAUACACAUAUAUAGAGAGAGAGUAGAGAGAGAAAGAGAAGGAAAGAUAAAUACCCAAAAUCCUAAAAUCCCAAAAGCAAUUUUAUUUUUUUUGGUUUUGUCAAAGGUUUAAUAACUUAAGCUCACAACUACAUAUAUACAUAUAUAUAUCUAUAUAUUUGUAUAUGUAUAUGUAUGUAUGAAGAAAUACAAAGAAAGACAAAAGAAAUGAACUAACAUAUUCUUCUUGUUGUAGAGAGAAAAAAAAGGGUUUUUUUUUUUUUGGAAAGUUUGGAGCAUAAUUCUAUACAAAGGAAGAAACUUUAUUCAUAUCCAGUAUUUGAAAAAGAUUCCUGCUUGGUGAACAUAGUGGAAGGUGUCAAGAAAUCUCUAUUAGGGUUCUUCAGAAAUUUUGAAAAGUUUUCAUCUUUAGCUGUGAUUCAAUAAGAUUUCAAGACAUUUCCAAAAGUUUUUGUCUUUUGGUUCUGAUUCAAUUAGAUAUCAAGAAAUCUUGAUUAGGGCUGUUCAGAAAUCCAGAAAAGUUUUCAUCUUUUGGGUCUGGUUCAAUAAGGCAUGUUGGAAGAGAGGUCUUUUUUGGUUUCGAGAAGCUUUAGUAGCAAAAGGGACAACACUUGGAGUUUUAUGAGCAACUGCAGGAUUGAAAAAAUUGAAACUCAUCAAGAGAAAAGACCGUUAGAAGCUGAAGAUGAUGAAAUCAUUCACAUUAGAAAAACCCGCAAGCAAUCCAAUAGCUAUGAGAAUCUUGAUCUUGGAUUAGGAUUGCUUGAUCUUGCAUUGGUCCCCGUUGAUCAAACUGAUAAUAAUGAACAUCAGGCAGGUGAUAAUUCAGAUUCAAGCUCCCUAAUCCAUGCCAUCGGUCGUGACAACUCAAUUAGUUGUUUACUCAAAUGCUCAAGAUCUACUUAUGGGUCUUUAGCAUCGCUAAACCGAACGUUUCGUGACCUGAUUAGGAGUGGGGAGCUCUAUAGAUUAAGAAGGAAGAACGGUAUUAUCGAGCAUUGGGUUUACUUUUCCUGCCAUUUGGUCCAGUGGGAAGCAUUUGAUCCGAUAAAUAAGAAAUGGAUGCGUCUCCCAACAAUGUCAUCGAACACGUGCUUCCAGUUUUCCGAUAAAGAAUCUUUAGCCGUAGGGACUGAGCUACUUGUGUUAGGAAAAGAAGUUAUGGAUCAUGUAAUAUAUAAGUAUAGUUUGUUAAAAAACUCAUGGUCAUUUGGGCAGCUAAUGAAUGAGCCCAGAUGCUUAUUUGGGUCAGCUAGUCUUGGUGAAAUCGCAAUUGUAGCCGGUGGGUCUGACCCGAAUGGAAAGAUUGUGAACUCUGCUGAGCUUUACAACAGCGAGACUGGAAUGUGGGAAACACUCCCGGACAUGCUUCAACCAAGAAAGAUGUGUUCGGGAGUGUUUAUGGAUGAUAAAUUUUAUGUAAUUGGAGGGGUUGGAGGGGCUGAUAUGAAGCCACUGACUUGUGGUGAAGAAUAUGAUUUGGCAACUCGGGAAUGGAAGGAAAUCCCGAAUAUGUCACCAGUGAGAACUGGUGGUGCCGUCAACGCCACAACGACCACAACCGAGGCACCGCCACUAGUGGCGGUUGUAGAUAAUGAAUUAUACGCUGCUGAUUGUGCGGAUAUGGAGGUGAGGAAGUUUGAUAAAGGAAGGCAAGAAUGGGAAACUGUUGGAAGAUUGCCUGAACGGGCUGAUUCGAUGAAUGGAUGGGGUAUUGCAUUUAGGGGUUGUGGUGAUCGGGUCAUCGUCAUCGGAGGACCAAGAACUAGUGGGGCAGGGUUUAUUGAAGUGAAUUCGUGGGUUCCAAGAGAUGGGCCACCUCGUUGGACCAGGCUCGAUUGGAAACAGUCGAGUAACUUUGUGUACAAUUGUGCUGUGAUGGGCUGCUGAAGUUGGUGUUUUCAUGGGCAUAUGAUUCUUGAUCAUGGGUAACUCAACUAUUUCAACAAAGGUUUCUCUUUCUUUUCUUUUUUUUUUUCUUAUCAUUUUUCAUUGUUAAUCAGGAAAAGAAAACAGAUUUUUACUUGAGAUUAAAGAUUUCUUGAUAGAUCUUGAGUACAUUUCUUUACAUUCUCAUCUAUCUCAAGGUUAGAGGAUCUAAUAACUUAUCUUCGGUAGGUAGAGUUUUGUCAAAAAUGAUCUAAACAGUUUGAUACAUGUUUUUUUUUUAUGGUCUUUAGUAUCUUAACCUUGCUCAAAGGAGAAAUAAGCUACAAGAAAACAUAACAUAUAUGGUUUCCUAUUGAGCACUCUUGUCCUUGUAUUUAUUAUGUUUUUGUUGAUAACGAAUUAUAAGCUCUUUGUGUUUGAUUUUAGUUCCUUUCGGUUAGACUGCAUUGGUUUUUGGUU